CUCAUUCUUUGACUCUCCUUUGAAAUUUCUAGUCGAAGGCUUUCCCUAUCCUUCGAUUUAGGGUUUCCGAUUUCGUUUUUUUUGAGCUUUUCUCGCUCCCCCCCCUCUCAUCACUUUUUUUUUUGUUUCUUUCCUCUUUUGCCUCCUUUUCUUCUCCUUCCGCCAUGAUUCCUUCUUCCGUUAGAUUCCGAAAUGAUCAUGAUCUGUAUGCUUAAUCAGGUGAAUGUUGUUGCUCUUGUGCUUGGGGAUCGCUUAAGAUUUCCCUGGUGUUUACGCGUUUUGUCAUGGUGAGUACUCAACAACGCACCGACGAUGGUUCUGGUUCCUCUCCACCAGUGGUAAAAGCUCUUCUUAAGAGCUAUGGAAUCACGAAACCACUUUCCGUUGCUGGUCCUUGUGCGGCUGAUGUUAAGCGUAAUUUCGAACUGGAGAAGUUCCUGGUUGAUGAGGGGCUCUAUGAGAACAAGGAAGAAGCUAUGCGAAGAGAGGAAGUUCUGGUGCGCAUUGAUCAGAUUGUAAAACACUGGGUGAAACAGUUAACUCGGCAGAGAGGCUAUACGGAGCAGAUGGUGGAGGACGCAAAUGCUGUCAUUUUCACUUUUGGAUCUUACCGACUUGGAGUACACGGACCUGGGGCUGAUAUUGAUACUUUGUGUGUUGGCCCAUCUUAUGUUAACAGAGAGGAGGAUUUCUUCAUUAUCUUGCGUGGUAUAUUGGCUGAAAUGGAAGAAGUGACUGAGCUUCAACCUGUUACCGAUGCCCAUGUCCCAGUUAUGAAAUUCAAGUUCCAAGGAAUAUCAAUUGAUCUUCUGUAUGCUAGCAUAUCGCUUCUAGUUGUCCCACAGGAUCUGGAUAUUUCCAACUCUUCUGUGCUGUGUGACGUGGAUGAACAAACUGUCCGCAUUCUUAAUGGUUGUAGGGUUGCUGAUCAGAUUCUUAAACUCGUUCCAAAUUCCGAGCACUUCCGGACAACAUUACGAUGCCUAAAGUACUGGGCUAAAAAGCGUGGGGUUUAUUCAAAUGUUACUGGAUUUCUUGGUGGUGUAAACUGGGCACUUCUGGUUGCACGCCUGUGCCAGCUUUAUCCAAAUGCUAUUCCUAGUAUGUUGGUUUCUCGAUUUUUUAGAGUAUAUACUCAAUGGCGCUGGCCAAAUCCAGUCAUGCUUUGUACGAUAGAAGAAGAUGAGCUUGGCUUUCCUGUCUGGGACCCACGAAAAAAUCAUCGUGACCGUUAUCAUCUUAUGCCAAUAAUAACUCCUGCGUACCCAUGCAUGAAUUCUAGUUACAAUGUAUCUCAAAGCACUCUUCGUGUUAUGACAGAGCAAUUCCAGUUUGGUAACACGAUCUGUCAGGAGAUUGAGUUAAAUAAACAACACUGGAGGUCCUUAUUUGAGCAAUAUAUGUUCUUUGAGGCAUAUAAAAACUACCUUCAGGUUGAUGUACUAGCUGCAGAUGCCGAAGAUUUAUUGGCGUGGAAAGGUUGGGUGGAGUCACGGUUCAGGCAGCUGACCUUGAAGAGGGCAGACGGAUUUGGUGGCCAAGAAUGUCAGCAGUUUGAUAUACGUGGAACAGUGGACGAGUUCAGGCAAGAGGUAAACAUGUAUAUGUUUUGGAGACCUGGGAUGGAUGUGUAUGUUUUUCAUGUUCGAAGACGACAGCUUCCAUCUUUUGUUUUCCCAAAUGGAUAUAAAAGGCCUCGUCAACCAAGGCACCAUAAUCAACAAUGCAGAGUACCUGGUGAGGAGGGCGUUGGUUCUUUGUCCAACUCUGUUGAGAGUUAUGCGAAGAGAAAGAACGAUAAUGAAACUAAGGAUACCAGGCCAGAGAAAUAUGAGAAGCGUGCAUCUCGUAGUCCACAUAGUGUGGAUGUAGUUUCUCCUGAAAGCAGUGCUAUCACUUCUGGUUGGACUCCUCAGAUUGGCAUUGUGCCAGGUUCUAGAGCUGAAUGCUUAGUAACUGGAGAUCUUGUUUGCAGUGUUAGAAGUCUUCCUAUUGUGGAAGUUGAGGCUGAAAAAAUUAUUAAUAAAACCACUGAACUUAUAGAGUAUUCUAAAAAUGAGCAUAACUCUGGUAGCGAGCAAUUCCUGGAAGUAGAUGAUAAAACUCUAGUUCAAGGUUAUCAUGACCUGGCUAGGCCUGUAGGAAAACAUGUAAGACCUAACCCUGGUGCUGUGCUAGCGUGUGAAGGUGGGCUGAAUAAAGAAAUAACUUGUGAUAUGGGCUCUGAAUCAAUCAAUGACACUGACAGUGACAGUCAACAUCUUCCAAGGCGACAGAAUCUAAAAGAGGAUGUUUAUAAGGUUGAGAUGGAAACCAAGUCGGGAGAAAUUGCUGAUGAGGUUUUGCUGAAUGGAUACUGUGAGCGGAAUUUUGAUCAUGAGUCAAAUCCUCUGUUCAGCGGGAUGGGGAAGCUGGAAGCAAGAGCUAGGUCAGAAUCUUUGCAGAAUGCAAUGAUGAGGCAUGUGUUUUUGCAACCCAUUACUGCUUUUUGCCAACCAUGAUCUCUUUUUACUCUUGUUUUGGUACUUUUUAUAGCAGCAGGAGGUUGAGCUUGAAGUCCAUAGUGUGAGAGAGGUCUCCGCAAUUGCAACGACAGCUGGAAGUGAAGAAAAAUUAAAAGAAAAAACACAAAAAUAAAUAACAAGAAUCAGAGCAACCUAGUGUUUACUUUGGACGACAGCUUCAGAACUCGACACUAUUGGUAAGUGCACCUAAUUAUGAAUACUAGACGCUUAGAAAGGAAAAGAAAAAAAAAAAAAGAAGAAAGGAAAACAAAAAAAUGGUAACAACUUUUUAAAUAAUGUGUUUGUUGAAUACUUCUUGGUGGGAUUGUGAGUAUCCAAAAUCCAAACUCUGGGAAGAGUGAGCUUAAAUAAUGAGUGUGGGAUGCAAAAGACAAGCAUUGUUCGAUACUAUGCUCUAGGUAAGAUCCGGAGCUGUGCUUUUGUCUGAAAGAUGGAAGAUUUCGAAGAAGAAGCCAUUGAGAUAACCAUAGAACAGGGCAACUGAAUUAAUGUAUCUGUGUGUAUCUGAGUGCCUAUUCAGGUUAUUUCACUCUUGUUUCUGUAUUGACAUUUGGGAUCUUUCAAUGUUAUACGAUUCUAUGCAUAAAAUUAUCGCCUU